AUGAAUAUGUCGAACUUAGUUUUACUGACACCAAACCUGAAUCACACGGUCGUACUACUGCUCGGAUUGUUGUUCGGAGCCUGUCGAACAGAACCCUGGCACUAUCCUACACCAGGUCCAGACGGCAGCAUAGGCGAACCAGAAAAUUGGGGUGGCAGCUGCGAUCUUGGUCGGCGUCAGUCGCCCAUCGACAUCACCUACAAAGCAUCAAUAAAAGGAGCCUAUCCGGAGUUUUUCUUCGAUAACUACGACAAACUGCUAGAAGAUGCUUCACUAGUCAAUACUGGACACACGAUUCAGAUUAACCCACCGGACUCUUCCAUUGCCAUCUACGGUGGGGGUCUUCGCAGCAAAUACAUCCUCGAGCAAAUGCACUUCCACUGGAACUCGGAACAUACCAUCAAUAGCACCCGAUACGCAUUGGAACUCCACCUGGUGCAUCGUCAUUCUCGGUACGAAUCGAUUACCGAAGCAUCUACUGUCAAGGCCGGCAUUGCCGUGUUGGCCGUUCUCUUUCACGUGAACGAUUACACAAAUCCAGCAAUCGAAGUCAUUCAAAAUUCGACCGAAUCGGUAAAAGCGAAAAUUGAUGAAACCACUUCACUGCAAGAGGCGUUCAGUCUGGACGGUUUAAUGCCCAAAAACCGCAAGGUUUACUUCCGCUACGAAGGUUCGCUUACCACUCCCGUUUGUUCGGAGUCGGUCGUGUGGACGGUGUUUCCUGAGUCGCUGCCAAUUUCGCUAGCGCAGGCGGAGAACUUCAAAACCGUUCACGAUUCGGAUGAUAAGGAGCUGAUUCUAAACUAUCGACCUAUUCAACCGCUGAACGCCCGGGCUUUGGUGCUAGUUUCCGAAACGGAAACCAUCAUAGAGAGUGGUUCGAUGCCCACGGGAGCCUCUAGCAUUUUGAGGAUGACGUUUGCAGUGGCCCUCUUAGUUCAGAUUUAUCGCCUCAGAUUAUAG